GCGGCAGUUUUUUUCCAACGACGUGCUAGGCGCUCGGCUCCCCACCCCUGUCAGGAGCGCCGAGUUGCUCGAUGGGACAGCAGCUGACGGCGAUUCCUCCUCCUCCUCCUCGCGGUCAUUUCCGCGCCGGCCUUGAAAAGGAAGCAGGCAUCACUGUGGCCAGUCUUUGUGACUGAGAAUGAAACCCCAACGAAACUGAUUUUUUUCCCACCCCAUCUCUCUUCCUAGGAAGUGGGGUUCCCCUCAUCUCCUUGUAUUGGGCAAGUAAAAGCAACACAUAUAUGAAAAUAUGCCUCCAAAAUUCAAGCGCCACCUCAAUGAUGAUGAUGUUACUGGGUCAGUGAAAAGUGAGAGGAGGAACCUCCUAGAGGAAGAUUCAGAUGAAGAGGAGGACUUUUUCUUGAGAGGGCCAUCAGGUCCAAGGUUUGGACCCAAGAAUGACAAGAUCAGGCAUGUCCAAAACCAGGUUGAUGAAGUUAUUGAUGUCAUGCAAGAAAACAUCACCAAGGUGAUAGAAAGGGGAGAACGACUAGAUGACUUGCAGGAUAAGUCAGAGAGCUUAUCUGACAAUGCAACAGCUUUUAGCAGCCGAUCCAAACAGCUCCGGCGGCAAAUGUGGUGGCGAGGCUGCAAGAUGAAGGUAAUUGUGGCUUUGGUUGCUGUUGCCGUCCUGCUAGUGAUUAUUGUUCCCAUCAUCCUCAAAUACCACACUUGACUUGCUGAUGGAUCUUAUGGUGGCUUCAGGAUGACAGCAUAGGAGGCAGCUGUGUGACUUCUGUGGAACAUAAUAUGUAUAUAGCUUUGAAGUGUGUCCCCCCUUCUCCCUCGGAGGCACCAGACUGGCUGCAGAAAGAGCAUUCAGAGGAUCCAGCAAAUCAUCCUUUUCAGCCAAAAACUCAUUCUAGUGUCAAUAUCUAAUCCAAACCCCCAUUGUUGCUCCCUGGAUGGAAGCUCAGUUUGGAGCCAGAUACUUAUUGCUAACUGGUAAUGAUGUUAUUUAUAAUUUACAGAAUUUCUUACUGCUUCUUACAGAGGACAAUGGAGGAAGAAUAAGGGAGGGAUGCAGUGUAUGAACUCUAUAUCAUUGUUUAGAGACCGCAACAUAUUUGGAUGAAUAACUGUGAAGAUGCCACUUCCCAUAUUUAAAAAACCACGAUUUUGCAAGGAGACUUUCUGUACUUGUUAAGGGAUCCAGAAGCUCCACGUUCUCGCUGUUGCUUAUGGAUGUGACAUAAAAGCAUUCCAGUAAAAAAAACCUAUUUUUAACUGUAACUAUGUAGCUCCUAGUAAAUUAUUGAAGCAAAGGAAACACUGUUUAUUUGAAUGAAGACUCACAAAAGAAGAGGAGACCGCUUUUGGUCUGUGCAAGUGCAACCCAAACCAUGCAGGUGUUUUGCUGCCAAAUAAUUAAGAGUAAGCAAGUUUACAUGCCUCCUUUUUUUUAAAAAAAAAGGGGUCAGACUGUUUACGUUUCAACCAUUUUUAGAAAAAGAUAAGUCUCCUAGCUAUACCUUAGUAUACUUGGCUAGUUAGGUGCAGGUUAAGAAUAUGUGAGGAGGUUCACAUUUAAACUUCAUUCACCCUACAUCUUGUCUGACUUUUUACCAAAAGGUGGGGAGCAGCUUUGAGACUUCGAGUUUUUCUUUUCGUUUUAGGCACAAGACACCUGCACCAAAAUGACCACUUAAAGACAGCUUAUAAAUUAUGUUACUAUAACAUAAUAAGUGUCUGUUCACAUCUACUCCUCUGGGUAUUUAUUUAUUUAUUUGAAUAGAUAUAAAUAUAUAGAUGCACAUACAUACACACACACACACACUACUUAAUUAUACACCCACAGCCAUCCCACCUGGUAGUACCGUAUUAGGACCUCCCUGUCAAUGGUGCAGGGCAAUGGGGAGCAGCAGUAAGAUGUGGUGACGGAGCUGUGUGUGUCACACCACAGGCUAGCCUGCUGCUUCCAGGUGCAGUAGACCUGGUAUGUUGAAUGUUUCCAGACCCAGAACCCACUUUUAACCCAAACAUGCAUUUGAGGACCCAUUUCUUAAUCUCUUGCCAUGUAUUUGCAUGGUGAUGGUGCUCCUGUUGUGCCCCCCCCCCCUUGGGUCAGGCUUCAACCCACCAGUUGAAGAUCAGUGCAGCAGACUAACAGUGUCAAUGUUAGUCAGAGUCAGCUGUUAGUGCAGGAGCCAAAAGGGAGGGAUACCAUUGCCUAGGACAGUACAGCUUAGGUUUAACUCAUCAGUCAGACUAAGCAGGGCUUCAGGCUUUAAGACAGGUGAGGUAUGGAGAUUGAGCUUUUUGUUCAGUCUGCAGCCUUUUUGCAGCAGUGCACUUACAACAUUUUAAAUUACUAGCUUGAAUUCCAGGGGACUGAAUACCUGUAAUAAAUAGAAAUAAAGCAGAAUGAAGAAAAGAACCAUGCCUUCUCUUUGAGGAACUACCUGAGACUGGUUCUUUAUAUGGUGACACUUCUUUUCAAUAUUAUUUGCAAUUUUAGCUGGCUGAAGAAGAGCCUUUUUUAAACAAAUGUUUGCUACAAGUUGAGUCUAUGCGUGCCUAUGCAGCCUAAGCACAGAACUAAGCACAACUAAGUUCAGUAACGCCUCUUUCCAAGUAAGUGUGCAUGGAACUUCAGUUUUAAAAACAAUCGGUGUUAAAAUAUUUAUAUAUUUUUUACAGUUUUUCACCAAAAGAAAUUAGGCUAAUGAAUUUCGAUUUUUUUUAUCUUGUGGGCUGCUCUGCAAAAAUGAACUGUCACGGGGGCUUUCUUCUACACUACCUUGAGAUGUGCAGUUUUGUGAGAAUUCUCUGGGAGAGCUGUUGUUAUAUUUAUGAGUUGCUUUUCCACAAAGGUGAACUUAAAGCAACUUUAGAAACAAGCAUUAGGAAGAAGUGUAGAAACAAGAAUGAAAGCAUAAAAAAAGCAGAUCCAGCUCAACCUACUCCACAAAAAAUUAGCAGAAAAAUAUGUCCCAAAGCCUGGCUUUUGCCUAGCAUUAAAAAACAGUGGUGUUGCCAGGCAUGUUUCCCUGGAAAGAGCAUUCUAGAAAUAGGGAGUCACCACUGAAAAGGCCUGUUCCCAUGUGACCACCUUCUUGCCUUUUCUGGCAGAGAGGAGGAAGGAGUCCAAAUCGCAGGACCUGGGUGGCAGCCUAUUUUCUGCUCGACUUAAGAGCAUUAGCCACUUGGUCCUCCCUCUGAUGCCAUUCAACAGGCCCCACCCACACCAAGGCACCUGCACUUGGGGCUGAACUUCAGGAAAGCUGCCAACUCAAGCUGGGACAGUUGUACAAAAGGUGGAACCCCAUGCAUUGUUUCCAUUGGCCUUUGAAACACUUGUUGUUGUCCUCUCCCCCAUGCUUUUUAACACCUACAUGCAGCCGCUGGGAGAGAUCAUCGGGGGGUUUGGGCUGGGUGUUCAUCAGUAUGCGGAUGAUACCCAGCUCUACUUCUUUCAAAUCAGAACCAGUGAAGGCGGCGAAGGUCCUGUGUGAGUGUCUGGAGGCGGUUGGAGGAUGGAUGGCGGCUAACAGAUUGAGGUUGAAUCCUGACAAGACAGAAGUACUGUUUGGGGGGACAGGAGGUGGGCAGGAGUCCCUGGUCCUGAAUGGGGUAACUGUGCCCCUGAAGGACCAGGUGCGCAGCCUGGGAGUCAUUUUGGACUCACAGCUGUCCAUGGAGGCACAGGUCAAUUCUGUAUCCAGGGCAGCUGUUUUAUCAGCUCCAUCUGGUACGCAGGCUGAGACCCUACCUGCCCAUGGACUGACUUGCCAGAGUGGUGCAUGCUCUAGUUAUCUCUCGCUUGGACUACUGCAAUGCACUCUUUGUGGUGCUACCUUUGAAGGUGACCCGGAAACUACAACUAAUCCAGAAUGUGGCAGCUAGACUGGUGACUGGGAGCAGCCACCGAGACCACAUAACACUGGUCCUGAAAGACCUACAUUGGCUCCCAGUACGUUUCUGAGCACAAUUCAAAGUAUUGGUGCUGACCUUUAAAGCCCUAAAUGGCCUUGGUCCAGUAUAUCUGAAGGAGCGUCUCCACUCCCAUUGUUCUGCCCGGACCCUUGAGGUCCAGUGCUGAUGGUCUUCUGGUGGUUCCCUCGCUGCGAGAAGCCAAGUUACAGGGAACCAGGCAGAGGGCGUUCUCGGUAGUGGCACCCGCCCUGUGGAAUGCCCUCCCACCAGAUGUCAAAGAGAAAAACAACUACCAGACUUUUAGGAGACAUCUGAAGGCAGCCCUGUUUAGGGAAGCUUUUAAUGUUUAAUAGAUCACUGUAUUUUAAUACUUCUGUUGGAAGCUAACCAGAGUGGCUGGGAAAACCCAGCCAGAUGGGCAGGGUAUAAAUUUAUUAUUUAUUUAUUUAUUUAUUGGUGAGUGGUAAUUUAUACUUGCAGUCUUAAAAGAAGAAGAAAUAAAGCCACCAAUUUUUGGGUAGGUAUCUAAUAGUACAGUCUCCAAUAGCAUAGCAUGACCCAGUUCUAGCUAUCUGCUGAGAAAAAAUUAUGGUUUAAGUGGAAUUAACUUCCAAUCACAACUGUAACGGGAGGACUUUAAGUCCCGUUUCUGCUUUUUAAAAUUAAAAUUCCGAAACCAAAUGUGCAAAUAAUUUCACUGUGAAAAGGAAGCAGUAAUUAGUAGUGGAGUGUUUCAAAUCCUUCAUAUUGUGCAUACGAAUAUUGUGUAUAUGAUUGUGCAUAGGGAAUCAGGUAACAGUCUGUUUUCCCAAGUACAGUGCAGAUGAACCAGAAGUUACAAAAAGAAGCGAAGUCACAUAGAUCCUCUUUGUGGGUUUCCAUAGCUGAAAUUUGUUCUCUACACUAAAUCCUAGAAAAGAAAUUGCCUGUAUUUUGCAGGCAGUAAGUAUGGAGAGAUGAACACUCAUGCGAAUAACAAUAAAGCAAAAUGUCAUUUGUGUAAUUAUUUAUGUUUGAAGCUGGUUUUAUAUCCUGAAUUUGUCCAUGGGCUAUACUUUCAGUUAUACUAAGAACUGAUGUAACAAAGUUGCUUUAAAAACGUGAAGCUGUUCACACUCUCCACACCGCACGGUAAUAUAAUUUUAUCAGCUGGUGUGGGGUGACUUCAGCCCUGCAUUCUGCAGGGAUUGGCACUGUGGUCAAGUUCUCCAUGGGGAAGUUGGUUGCACAGCCCAUUCAGCCGCUUCUUCACUGUCCCCACCUUGAUGCCACCCACCUGUUAUGUCAGGUGUCGGGCAGAUGGGCGUAGUUUGGGGAAAACAGCCUUGUGGGCCAAGAUAGGGUGGGCCUGGCCAAAUGUGGCCCAGGGCUGGAAGUUUCCCCACUGCUUCUCUAAACCCCUCACAGUUCGUUCCCUCUAAAUGUAAAAGACCUUGGUUUUUUACUUUUUCCUCUUUAGUAUUGCAAUCCAAUCCGUGGCCUGUUGACACCUCCUCCAUGGGAGCAUAUCAAUCUGAAUCCAGUAUUGUUCACUCUGGCUGGCAGAAGCUCUCCAGACACAGGUCUUUCCUAGCCUUCCUACCUGAGAAACCAGGGAUUGAGCCUGGAACUUCCUACCUGCUCCAUGCAUGAGCUUGGCCACUGAGCCAUGGCCCUUGCUUUGCCUUGGACAAGUGAUGUGUGGCGGAUUAUAUCCCCAGUAAAAGACUGGUGUGAAAAGGGAAAGAGAGAAAUAAUAAACGAUCAUUCUGUGCACUGCUGUAAUUUGUAUAAUUUGGUAUUCUUGUGAUCAGAAUACUGAGUAGCAAAAAGAUAACAGUGAAAUGCUGCUAAAGCUACAAUCAUAUAUAUGGCAGGUUAUGUUUGUGAGUGUAUGAGAGAGAGAAGUUUUUCAUUUAUUGGAUGUCAUUCCUGGAAGUGUCUGAUUUCUGCUACUGAUUUUAGCAAAUGGGGACUUGCUGGUUUGGCUAUAAAUUGACAAUAAACUUUCUGUGAUACUGAUGUGACAUGAGUGUGGCAAGAACUUGAAGUUUUUGUGGAUAAUCUUCUUGAAAACAUUGGUGCAUCACGUAUGGAGUGUGUUGUGUAGAUAAUUAUUUACAUGGUAUGUAGCAAGCAGUGUCUAGUAAGGGAGCUGUGUGGAGGUUAUGGGAGAAGGCAAAACCAGCAUCUUAGGUUAGUGUGGUAGACUAGCAGACUGUAGCCUUUGGGAUGGAUGGGAUUUCUAGGGAAAUAUCUGGAAUUCCAAGUGGCUCAGAAUAAAGCAUGUCAGGCCUUGCAUUCAACAUCCCUGAAUAGCUUCCAUUCAGUUGAGGAUGCAAUUCAGGCCCCAGAGCUUUGAGGCUUGGCAGUUACAAUAGUGACACUGGGCACCCAAAUGAUAGCAGGAACUAAAUUGGGAAAUAGUAGUAGUAGUAGUUGAAUUUAUAAAUUGCCCUAUACCUGGAGGUCUCAGAGCGGUUCACAGAACAAAAUGAAAAUAUAAAACCACGAAAGAUAAAAUCAAAACAACCCAAUAACCCCCCCCCAAGGAGAUGUUUUAAAAGGGUAUAGGAGGUAAAUCAGAUCAACCAAAUGCCUGGUUAAAAAGGAACGUUUUUGCCUGGUGCCUAAAGGUGUAUAAUGAAGGUGCCAGGCGAACUUCCCUGGGGAGAGCAUUCCACGGAUGAGGAGCCACUGCAGAGAAGGCUCAUUCUUGUGUUGCCAUCGUCCAGGCUUCUCAAGGUGGAGGCACACAAAUAAGGGCCUCAGAAGAUGAUCUCAGGGUCUGGAUAGGUUCAUAUGGAAAGAGGCGGUCCUUCAGGUAUUGCGGUCCUGAGCCGUUUAAGGCUUUAUAGGUCAAAGCCAGCACUUUGAAUUGGGCCUGGAAACUAAUUGGUUGUCAGUUGGACCAGGAUCAGUGAAAAAUGCUCAAACCAUCUUGCUCUGAUGAGCAACUUGGUCGCUGAAUUCUGCACUAGCUGAAGUUUCUGAACAACAUUCAGAGGCAGCGGCAGCCCCACAUAUAACACAUUGCAUUAGUCUAACCCUGAGGUUACCAGAGCAUAGACAACAGUAGUUAUGCUAUUCCUGUCCAGAUAGGGGCGUAGCUGGGCCACCAGCCAAAGCUGAUGGAAGGCACUCCGGAUCUGGAUUGAGCGUCAGUUUUUUGGCUUUCAUCCAGUCCAUUAUCAAGGCAUUUCCACUGCCUCACCUGCAGAUGUAAAGGAGAAGUAGAGCUGAGUGUCAUCAGCAUUCUGCUGACAACGUACUCCAAAUCUCUGGAUAACCCCACCCAGCAGUUUCAUGUAGAUGUUGAACAGCAUAGGACAGGGGUGGCCAACUUCCAAGAGACUAUGAUCUACUCACAGUGUUAAAAACUGGCAGUGAUCUACCCCCUUUUGGGGGAUUCAGGUCAAAGUUGUUGAGUUUUUUUUUAGGAAGGAAAGCCCUGUUUUGGGGGGUUCAUGUAAAAGUUGUUGAACUUCUUUAGGGAAGAGGAAAGCGACAUUGAGCUCUUUUUUUUUUAGGAAGGAAAGCCCUGUUUUGGGUGGUUCAGGUCAUUUUAGGGGUGCAGGGCAAAGAUGUUGAGCUUUUUUUAGGGAAGCCAAAGUUUUUUUAGCUUCUUUGGGGAGAGCCACUGAUCUACCGGUGAUCUACCACAGACGUCCAGUGAUCUACCAGUAGAUCACGAUCUACCUGUUAGACAUGCCUGGCAUAGGGGAUAGGAUUGAGCCCCGAGGAACUCCACAUUGAAGGUUCCACAGGGCAGACCCUCAGGGAAUGACCAUCCAAGCAGGCCCUGAACCACUGCAAAGCGGUGCCACCCACCUCUUAAUGCAGACAGCUGCUCCAGAAGGAUACCCUGGUCAGUGAUAUCAAAAGUCGCUGAGAGGUUGAGGAGAAUUAGCAGGGACACAUUUCCCCUGUCUCUGUCUCAACAGGGCGCCCAAACCAGGCCUAAACCCUGAUUUAAAUGGAUCCAGAAAAUCAGUUUCUUCCGAAAGCGCCUGGAUCUGGUCUGCAACCACUUGCUCCAGAACCUUGCCCAGGAAAGGGAGAUUUGCAACUGGCCAGUAGUUAGUUGGAUUUUGUGAGUCCAGGGAAGGUUUCUUAAGGAGUGGUUUUACCACUGCCUCCUUCAAACAGGCAGGGACCACCCCUCUUGUAAAGAGGCAUUGAUCACCUCCCUAGCCCAGCCAGCUGUUCCUUCCCUGCUGGCUUUCAUCAGCCCCGAGGGGCAAGGGUCUAGAGUGACUGAUCCAAGCACCUUGUCCACAUCGUUGAGCCAUCAACACAACAGGACUAGACUGUGCUCUGGACACCCCUUGAGAUUCAUCUGCUGUAACAGCAGUCAAGGUAUUGGUAGACGCAAGCGAUGUUAUCCUCAAAAUGCUUUGCAGACAAGUCACAGAGAGCCACUGUUGGUUCUACCACCUCCUUUGGGCCAGCCUGUAAAAGGCCCUGUACAACCUGGAAAAGCUCUGCCAGGCGACAUGAUGAGGAUGCCAUGGAGGCAGCAAAGUAGGCCUCUUUUGCUGUCUUCACUGCCACUAGGUAGGCUCAAUAAUGACCCCUUACCAGUGUUCGGUUGCAUUCAUUUGAAUCUUUUCUCCACUGUUCAAGCCAUUUCCCAGCUUGUCUCCUCGCCCUAAGCUCUGGAGUAUACCGGGGACCAAUCGGGCUCCACAAAGUUGGUGAGAGUGCUCAGGGGUGAUCGUGUUAAUAGCCCAAGCCAUUCAGAUGUUCCUGAGGUCCUAGAGCCAUUUGUAAUCCCACUGGAUCUAUCAGCCUCCAAGGGAGGACCUUCCUAAUAGUUCCCCUGUCUCUGCGGAGGAAAAAAUACGCCAACAGCAUAAAUCUCAACAGGUUUUAGGAACAGAAUUUAGGAACAUUCUUCCUUUCACUGAAUAGCAAUAUUUAGAGUGCCUUCAGGUGGCGCUGUGGUUAAACCGCUGAGCCUAGGGCUUGCUGAUCAGAAGGUCAGCGAUUCGAAUCCCUGUGACGGGGUGAGCUCCCGUUGCUUGGUCCCAGCUCC